AUGUUCAAGACUAAGCAAGCAAAUCUGAAGCGAAAGAAGAGGGUAUGUGUUUCUAAAGAAGCACCUCUUCCAGUACCCGUGGCAACAACUUUACAUGAGCCAUCCCAUAACAGAUCAUGGUUUUACUACACCGGUUUUAUUGAAGGGUCGGUUAUUGUGGUUGUCCAUUCUGGUGACAUGGAUUUUUUAUAUAAAAUGGUAAAUUAUUCCAGUCCAUAUUUUUGAGGUUUGUUUGUGAGCAUUAAUAAUAUGUCUUUAUUCUUCAUUAAAUUGCUAUUUAAAAUUAGCAUAAUUUAUUAAAAGUAGCAUUGAGAAAUUGGACACUUAAGUUAGUCUUUUUAAGACCAUACUAUAAAAAAACUUAUGAAAACCUUUCAGCCAUUUAUCUCCUACUAAUGCUCUAACCAACCUAAGUUAUCUUAGUGCCAAUACGUGUUAUUUUGAUGACAGUACAAUAUUUUUAUUAAUUUUAGGCCAGGACGUAAAUUCAUGGUCUCUGAUAUCAGAGCUCAAACAUUUUUCACAAUGAAGCAUUAAGAGUGAUCAAAUUUACUUACAGGGAUUUUUCGGUAAAGGAUCAAUGUCACGCAGCCAACCAAACUUUGUGGAUCGCAAACAAAAGGUUAAUUUUUGCAUGGCUAGAAAA